AUGAGCUUUCAAUUAAUCCUUAGAUGUUGUUUUAUACUAUGGUUCACGUCAAUAAUACGAGCUCAACCUCGUGAAGGUUUCCCCUUUGAUGAACAAUUACCAACUGUCGCAAGAGCGAAUGAAGCUUAUGAAUUCCAAAUGUCAAAUGAAACUUUCAUCAGUUCAGAUGGUGAUGUUACUUAUAGUGCUAAGGACCUUCCUUCAUGGCUUUCAUUCGAUCCAACUUCAAGAACCCUUUCAGGAACUCCAAAUGAUCAAGAUGUUACCGAUUCUGCUGGCUUCACAUUAAUGGGUCAAGAUAAUGAUGGUGAAAUCACUAAGCAAUACUCAAUUGUUGUUUCAAAGAAUAAAGGUCCAACCCCAUCAGAUAGUUAUACUGUUUUAUCUCAAUUAUCAGAUUUUGGUCAAACUAAUGGACAAAAUGGUUUGGUCUUAGCUCCAGGAAAAGUUUUCAAUGUUACUUUUGAUUCUAAAACUUUUGAUUCUGAUGAUGAAAUUAAAGGCUAUUAUGGACGUUCUUCUGACAGAUCAUCUUUACCAAAUUGGUUAUUCUUUGAUAGUUCAACUUUAAGAUUUAGUGGGGUUGCACCAGCUGUUAAUUCUGAAAUUGCACCAGGUUUCCAAUAUUCAUUCAUUUUUAUUGCAACUGAUUAUGCCGGUAAUGCAGGUAGCUGGGUUGAUUUUGAUAUUGUUGUUGGUUAUCAUGAUUUAACGACAAGUUUGAAAGGGGUUACAAAUGUUAAUGGUUCUUCUGGUGAUGAUAUCAAUUUCGAGAUUCCUUUAGAGAAUGUUUACCAAGAUGGCGCUGAGAUCUCUUUGGAUAACAUCUCUUAUGCUGGUUUAAACGGUGCUCCAGAUUGGUUAAAAUUGGAUAAUUAUACUCUAGUUGGAACUGUUCCAGAAGAUUUCAAAUCUGGUUCAAAUGAUACAUUCAAUGUCACAAUUUAUGAUCAUUACUCAAACAGCGUCGUUUUAUAUUUUGCUAUUGAAACAAUUGAUUCAUUAUUCUCUGUUGAUUCUUUCAGAGAUGCAAAUGCUACAAGAGGUUCAUAUUUCCAAUAUUAUUUUUUACCAUCUCAAUUCACUGAUUUUUCAAACACAAACUUGACAGUUGAAUUUGAAGAUGCAGAUUGGUUAUCAUUCCAUAGUUCAAACUUAACCAUCAAUGGUGAAACUCCUGAUGAAUUUGAUGAAACUCAAGUCACUGUUAAAGCGCAUUUGAAAAACUCUGAUGAUUCUGAUGAGUUGUCUUUCAAAAUUUAUGGUUCUGAUCCACUUUCAAGCUCCUCUAGCUCAAGAUCACAUUCAAGCACAUCCUCAAGCUCCUCAAGAUCAUCUGCUUCUGCCUCAUCCUCAUCUUCAUCAGGUGCAACAGUCUCUGCUACAUCUGCUUCUUCUAAUGGUAAUGUUUCAAAAUCACCAUCUGGAAGAAACAAAAAAGCAUUAGCCAUAGGUCUUGGUGUCGGUAUCCCAUUAUUUUUAAUUUUGGUUGCAGGUAUUCUUAUCUUUUUGUGUUGUUUCAAAAGACGUAAAAAUGAUAAAUCAGAUGAAGAAGAUUCCUCAAAUUCACCAAAAAUUUCCAAACCAAUCUUGGGUAAUCCUGCUAAUGGACCAAAUUCUAGAUCACCAAAUGGUGCUUCUCCAAUGAGUGGUGCUGCUGCUGCCAGUGGUGUUUUGGAUGAAAAACAAGAUUGGAAUGAACCUCAUAGAUUAGGUGCUUUGAAUGUUCUGAAAUUGGAUGGUAAAGAUCUUUAUGAAAAUGAAAGUAAUAGUUCUUCUUUGACUAAAGGUGACUCAUUUGAUAGUAUUCAUGAUGAUACACAUUCUUCGUUAUACCAUGAUGCAUUACAAGCACAAAGCACAGAUAUGUUAAUGAGCGGUGGUGCUGCUGCUGCUGGUGUUGGUGCUGCUGCUAAUCAUUACAACAAAGAUAAAGAUGCCAUUCCAAAGAAAUCAUGGAGACAAACAAUUGAUUCCAAGAUUAACAGAGAAUCAUUGAACUCAUUAGCCACUGUUUCAACAAAUGAAUUAUUUAGUAUAAGAUUAGCGGAUGAUGAUGAUAUUAGAAAAGAUCCAAGAAAAUCAAAUCUAAGUUUCAGAGAUUCAGCUUUCUUAGGCUCAACAGCAUCUUCAAUUUUGACCAGAGAUGAUAGUGGUAAUAUUCAAAAAUUAGAUAGUGAUGGUAACAUUGUUGAUUUGAAAAAUAGACAUUCAAAAGGAAGAUCGUUAGAUGUUUUGAAAGAAGAACAAACACCACAUUUACAUCAACCUUCAUCAUUCCAACCAACAACUAACAAAUCUUCAUUAGUCAAUGAUACUUCAUUCUCUUCAAAUGCCACAAGUUCAACAGGUGGUGAAGAAUUUUAUCCAGUUGAAACAACAAAUGGUAUUGAAUGGAAACAAAACCAAAAGAAUAAAUUCACUUUUGAAAAUGGAAGUGUACAUACUCUUGGUGAUACAAAAACUCAAGGAAAUAAUGGUAAUAAUAAUAAGGCAAGAUUGGUUGAUUUUACAAAUAAGGCGCGUGCUGAUACUAGUAAUGAUGUUAGUCAAUCUACUUAUGAAACAGCAGAGAUUGAAUCUCUUUGA